AUGGCCUCCGCACGGGCGGCCUCAGGGGCCGGCGGCUCCGCAGCGCAGGGCAGGAGCCCCGGGGACCGGGAACCGCUGCACACCGGCAGCGACACGUCUGGGCGCCACCCCGGCCCCAGCACGGGCGGCCUCGGGGGCCGGGGGCUCCGCAGCGCAGGGCAGGAGCCCCGGGGACCGGGAACCGCUGCACACCGGCAGCGACACGUCUGGGCGCCACCCCGGCCCCAGCACGGGCGGCCUAGGGGGCCGGCGGCUCCGCAGCGCAGGGCAGGAGCCCCGGGGACCGGGAACCGCUGCACACCGGCAGCGACACGUCUGGGCGCCACCCCGGCCCCAGCACGGGCGGCCUCGGGGGCCGGGGGCUCCGCAGCGCAGGGCAGGAGCCCCGGGGACCGGGAACCGCUGCACACCGGCAACGACACGUCUGGGCGCCACCCCGGCCCCAGCACGGGCGGCCUCAGGGGCCGGCGGCUCCGCAGCGCAGGGCAGGAGCCCUGGGGACCGGGGACGGCGCCGAGCCAAAAGGCCCGGGAGCCCGGCCUGCGCCCACAGCAAGCGCUUCCGGCAGCGGACCCGAGCUCGGGCCCCAGCGGGCUCGCCCGGGACACUGCGGGCCGCGAGCCGCCCCCCGGGACACCGGCUGCGGAGGCCCAGCUCCCGGCACCUGCGGGCGGCCCUCUCGGCGGCAUCCGCCCGACCCCGGGGCGCACCACUCACCCGGCGCCCAGCGGCGAGAGGACGGCGCGGCCCGCCCGGCGCCGGAGCCGGACACCUGCCGACAAAGCCCGCACAGCCACCGCAGGACCGCCCGCACGCCGCGGGCGGAAGUCGCCGAGGCCCCGCCCGGGCAACUUCCGGCGCCGCUCUAGGCGCGCCGGGGCGGGCCCUCCUCUCGAUGGUGCGCACUUCCGGCCGAGCCGGGGCGCUGGGGCGGAGGCGGUUUGGGCGCGGCGUUGGCCCUGGAGGAGUGAAGUCGCGGAGGCUUUCAGCUUCGUGGGCCCGCACCCCGUGUCCGGGGAGCCGCAGCUGCGGCCGCGCGUUGCUCCCGCGGAGCGCAGGCUCGGCCCUCGGGGUCGCCGGGUGAAAUGCCGCCCUCUGUUGUUACCUGCGGUGCGGCGCAGCCGGGAGGCCGCGGAGGGCGGCCCGUGCACAGGGAGACCGGCGUGGGGCGUGACCAGCGCGCGGAAGGCCUCGCUCCGUCACGCUGCCCACAAAUAG